ACGAGCGCGAUGCCGUGUCCCGGGCGCUCGGCCGAAAUGGCCCCGUUAUUUAUAUUAAUAAUUCUAACUUUAUAUCAAAUCGCGAACGCUCAGGACUACUAUCACACGCCGAGGAUAGGCACCCAGAAACUAGCACUGUGCUACGCAAGCGACGGCAGACCACAGCGAUGUAUCCCGGAAUUCGAAAACGCAGCCUUCAUGGUCCAAAUGGAAGCUACUAAUACUUGCGGUGAAAAUGGUCCCAAGAUGUACUGCAUCCAAACCUCAGCUGGAACUUCUACUCGGUCGUGUGAUUACUGUCAACCCGGCCAGUUCUCCAGCUACUUCCUCACCGACCUUCACCACGAGCAGAACAACCAGACGUGGUGGCAAUCGGAGACCAUGAUGGAGAAUCGACAGCAUCACCCGUACCAAGUCAACCUCACUUUGCAUUUGGGUAAAGCAUACGAUAUAACAUACGUGAGAAUUGUGUUCUACUCUCCGCGUCCUCAGAGCUUUGCCAUAUACAAAAAAACCAGCGAAGACAGAGAUUGGGAACCGUUCCAGUAUUUUAGCGCAUCAUGUCGAGACACGUACGGCGUCAACGAGCAGAGAUCCGCUGAAAUCAACGACGAAACCAGGGCGCUGUGUACUAGCGAGUACUCAGACAUAUCCCCACUUACUGGGGGGAACGUACUAUUCUCCACACUGGAAGGUCGACCCUCGGCUUACACCUUCGAUAGCAGUCCAGAGUUACAGGAAUGGGUGACAGCUACCGACCUUCGCAUAUCCCUCGAGCGUCUCAACACUUUCGGAGACGAGAUCUUCGAUGACGCCCAAGUGCUCCAGUCAUACUGGUACGCCAUAGCGGACGUAUUCGUAGGCGCAAGGUGCAAAUGCAACGGUCACGCGUCCGUCUGCGAUACCCAGGAGUUGCCUGAUGGUACCAGGAGGAGGUUUUGCAGAUGUGAACACAACACGGCGGGGAGGGAGUGUGAAAAAUGUCUAGAUUUUUACAACGACGCGCCGUGGGGCCGGGCGUCCUCCACCAACGUUCACGAAUGUAAAGCUUGCAACUGCAACGGUUACUCGGACAAAUGCUAUUUCGACCAGGAGUUGUAUGAGCAGUCUGGUCAUGGUGGCCACUGUAUGGACUGCGCUGAGAACAGGGAUGGUCCCAACUGUGAGAGAUGCAGGGAGAAUUACUAUCAAGGCGAAAGGGACAUAUGUCUGCCUUGUAACUGCGAUACUGUUGGUUCCCGCAGUCUCCAAUGUAACGCUGAAGGUCGUUGCCCCUGCAAGCCAGGAGUGACCGGCGACAAAUGCGACGUAUGCGCAGCGAACCACUACGACUUCACCGCCCAGGGAUGCAAGCCUUGCGAUUGCUAUGAACCUGGGUCCUUCAACAACUCGCCCCAAUGCCACCCGGUCACCGGCGUCUGCGUUUGCAAGCAGAAUGUGGAAGGCAGGCGGUGUAGAGAGUGCAAACCUGGCUUCUUCAACUUGGACCUGAACAAUGAGUUUGGCUGCACGCCCUGCUUCUGCUUCGGACACUCCUCGCAGUGCAGCUCAGCACCGAAGUACCAGGCCCACGAGAUCAGCGCCCAUUACAUCAGGGAUGCUGAGAAGUGGACUGCAGAGGACGAGCGUUCAAACCCGGCUGAGCUGAGGUUUAACGCUAAUACACAGAAUAUAGCGGUCCAAGCUCGUGGACAGGAAGUGGUUUACUUCGUGGCAUCAAACAAUUUCCUCGGAGACCAGCGACCUUCGUACAACCACGACCUCAAGUUCACUCUGCGACUCGGCGAAGCAAGGGGCUAUCCAUCCUCUCAAGACAUCAUCCUCGAAGGAGCUCGCACAUCUGUCUCCAUGAACAUCUACGGCCAAAGCAACCCUGAACCUUCAGAUCAGGCUCAAGAAUACACCUUCCGUCUUCAUGAAGAUCCGAAAUACGGUUGGACACCAACGCUAUCCAACUUUGAAUUCAUGUCGAUCCUUCAGAACCUCACGGCUAUCAAAGUGAGGGGGACAUACAAUAAAGGCGGGACUGGUUAUUUGAUGAACUUCAAAUUGGAGACUGCGAAGGUUGGGAGGGAGAGGGGAUCAGCUCCUGCUAAUUGGGUUGAGAAGUGUACGUGCCCAAGUGCCUAUGUGGGUGACUACUGCGAGGAAUGUGCCCCUGGCUACAAGCACGAACCGGCUAAUGGUGGACCGUAUUCUACGUGCAUACCUUGCGACUGCAACGGGCACGCUCAUAUCUGUGACACUGCUACUGGCUUCUGCAUCUGCAAACACAACACAACCGGCAGCAACUGCGAGCUGUGCGCCAAGGGUUUCUACGGGAACGCAAUCGCGGGCACUCCUGACGACUGCAAGCCAUGCCCAUGCCCUGAAGACAGCGGCUGUAUCCAACUGAUGGACAACAGCAUUGUCUGCACCGACUGUCCUGUUGGAUACGCUGGUCCACGAUGUGAGGUCUGCGCCGAUGGCCACUUCGGCGACCCGACCGGCCAAUUCGGCCCGCCGACAAAAUGCACGGAAUGCCAGUGCAACGGCAAUGUGGAUCCAAAUGCAGUUGGCAAUUGCAACCGUACCACUGGCGAGUGUCUCAAGUGCAUCUAUAACACGGCCGGUGACCAUUGUGACAAGUGCUUGAGCGGUUUCUUCGGAGACGCGUUGGACCCUAAGAAGAAGGGUGACUGCAAGCCUUGCCAGUGCCUCGAGGCCGGAACUGUCGAGAGUCCUGAAGGACCUCCCCAAUGUGACGGCCUCACGGGAUACUGCUCCUGUCGGCCUCAUGUCAUCGGGAGGAACUGUGACAAGUGUGAGGAUGGAUACUACAACAUCUUCUCUGGAGAAGGCUGUAAGGCCUGCGACUGUAACCUGGAAGGUUCCUUCAAUUCCAGCUGUCAUCCUCUCACCGGCCAAUGUUAUUGCAAGCCUGGUAUUGAUGGGAUCCACUGUGACAGCUGUAAGCAGUACCACUACGGGUUCUCCCCAGAAGGCUGCCAGGACUGUGACUGCGACGACUGGGGCUCCAACACGUACCAAUGCGACAUGUCCGGACAGUGCUCCUGCCAGGAGAACGUGGAGGGCCGCCGGUGUGACAGGUGCAUGGAAAACAAGCGUCGUAGAGGCGACGGCUUUGGCUGCGAAGACUGUCCUCCAUGCUACAAUCUCGUCCUGGACGCAGUCAACCAACACAGGAAGGAACUCAAGGAGUUAGACGAUAUAUUAUCGAAAAUCUCCAAAGCGCCAACGGUCGUGGAAAACGCCGAUUUCGACAAAGAGCUCGCAAGAGUUCGCGCUGAAAUAGACGCGCUGUCACGAGACGCGCAGUCGGAGGCGGGCGACGGGUCCGGCGAGACUCUCACUGACACACUGACCGAAUUGUCCAAUAGGCUCGCUGAUAUCAAGAACAUGUUACGUAAAAUCGAAGACGAGAGUUACGACGGCAAGGAAGCCGUAGAAGAGAGCAGGGCGAGCUUGUCCAAAGCUGAAGACACCAUAGAAGCAGCUGGGAAGGAGAUCAAUAGUGCCCUGGAAUACCUGGAUGGGGAAGGAGCAGCCGCCUUCAACAAGGCUCGGGACCGCUCUGACCAAUUCGGGAAACAGUCUGGAGAAAUGUCCAAACUGGCCAAGGAGUCCCGACUCCUGGCAGAGAAGCUUGAAGCAGAAGCUAAGAACAUCAGGGAAAUUGCCGAGAAGGCUUUCAAUACUUCGCUGUCAGCUAACAAGAUUGCCAAAGAUGGUAUCAACAAGCAGGCUAAUAUCAGCAAUGAAAUCCAAAUUCUCACAACUGAGCUGAACGCGGCGUCAGGAAAACUUAACAGCAUGGUGGAACUGGCCGACCAGGCUUUGGCCAGGGCUAAAGAUGUGUAUGAUGAGGCCCUGGGACUAUACGCUGAGGUCAACACCACUAUGCUGCCAGAUAUCAACAUUGAGAAGUUGAAACAGGAGGCUGCUGCUAUGAAUAAAACAAUUGAAGAAAAAUCAGCCGAUCUGGACCGUCUGAUAACGAACAAUGAAGAUGUGCUCAAGAACUUAGAAGACGCCGUGCGCCGUGGUAAAGAGCUUCUUGACCACGGUCACGACAGACAGGACGAGCUGAAUGACCUCCUGGCCAAGUUGGACGAACUCCACGCUCAAGCCAAACACGAUGUGGAACUAACUAACGCGACGCUGAAAGAGGCUAAUGAAAUUUAUAAGACUUUGAAAGAAUUCACGGACCAGGUGGAACAGUCGCGCCAGAAGGCGACCCAGGCCGUCCAGGACGUCCCUUCGAUCCAGGAGAAGUUGGCCGCUGCCGAGGAGAGCAUCAACUUCAUCACUGAAGAGUUGUACACGGCCGGUGAAAAAGCAAAAGACGCCAGGGAUCUGGCACAGGAGGCUCAGAAGGAAUACGCUGAUAAAGCGUCUGAGGCCGCUCACGAAAUAAAGAAGAAAGCGUCUUUAGCAAGAGUAGAUGCCGUGCGGUUGAGGGACGAAGCUGAUAAACUGUCAACUCGCGUACAAGGCACUGAACAGCAGUUAAAGAAUCUCGAGUUGGACGCAGCUGAAAACAUGAAACUCACACAUGACGCUAAAACAAAGGUCGGCCAAGCCAAUACUGAUGCAAGGGAAGCUGAGAAGCAAGUCUCCAAAGGUUUAGAAGACUUGAAGGUCAUCAUGGAUGAACUUAACAACCUACCGACGCUGGACGACAAAGCUUUGGACAAACUGAAAGAAAGUUUAGAUAGGGCUGAGGCUGCCCUGAUGGCUGAAGACCUUGAGGGCAAGAUUAAGUCUCUCACAGAAGCAAAGAACAAUCACCAAAGAUGGAUGAAACAAUAUCAAGACGAACACGAUCACUUGCGUCUCGAGGUGGAUAACGUCAGGGACAUCCUGGAACAGCUGCCGAAUGGCUGCUUCAAGCGGAUCGAGCUGGAGCCGACCGAAGGCCCCAGCUUGUCAGCCAGCCCUAGAUAAACCUUAGGAUGUAAGUAGUACAUGUAGCAAUCAUUCUCGAAAGUACUCGAGGGCAUUCACCGCGCUUCAUGCCGCAAACAAUAUUAUUACUUAUCGCGUUUCUGUAUCUUGGAUCGACAUUUUUAAGUUUAAUCUGCAUUAAAAAAAAAAAUAGCGAGACGUCCGCUUAGAAAGAAUUUUGGUAAAAUAUCCGCGGUUACGGUAGAUGACGGGAUUUUUCGAUAUAAGCGGGCGAAGUCGCAAAUGCUCUCUGGUAUUUUGUACACUGAUUUUUAGAAAAAUAAUGUUAGUUUUAAUUAAAAAAAAUAAUUAAUUAAAACUAAAAUUGUUUUGGAAACAAUUUUUUUUUCUUUUUUUAGUUAAAAAAAAAAGUUUAUUGUUACUUUCACCUCUGACAGAAUGAACGAAAUUUAAACAGCUAUUUCUUGAUAUUACAUAUUUGACCUCGGUCGGUACAUGUGUGUGGUAAUCGCCUUUGAAUCACUAGGUCCCGGGUUGAAACCGGGUUAAAGAUUUAAAAUUGACCAAGGUCUCUAUGUUUAUCUAAAUAUAUUGUAUAUUUAUUUGUUUUAUUAAAUGGGUUCUUUUCAAUUACCAUAUUGUUUACAUAUUUUGUAUAUUUAUAUUAUAUAAAACUUAAAUACUUACUCUGUCAUAAAUUAAGUUUACUUCUGUCAGAUGGUGUGACAUCUUGAUGUCAAUUAAAAUGUCAUCCAAGGCACCUUUUGCGAUGUUGAUUCAAAAGAAAUGAAAUAUAUUUAAAACUGCACUUUUUGUCAUCCGUUAUAUAUGAUUUAUAUUAUUAUUUGAACCAGCGCUAAUAUUAUAUAGUGCCUUCAUUUGCAAAUACAAAUAUAUAAUGCCUUAGAAAUAGUUUUGAUCGAUUGGUCAUUUCAUGGUCGAACGAUCAAAUCUAUUUAUAUAAUAAGAAAAUUUAUUCUUAAUCGAGAAUAUGUGAUUAUGAAAACACACAUAAAAGUAAAAAAAAAACUGAAAAAAAAAAUAGGUUUCCACUUCAACGAUGACAACCGAGUUUGAAACGUCCAUCUCAUCAAACCUAUUGUAUAGUUAUCGUUAGCCUUAAAAUAUUAAAUUAGUGACAAUAAUUAACACUUGUUAUUUUUAAUAUGUUUCAUUAUGUAUGUUAGUUAAUGCAAUGUCAAUUUAUUAAAGAAUGUCAAUUAAAUUUGUUACGUCCUAUGAAUUAUGUUGUAAUUAAACAAAAUUGAUUAUAAAAAUUGUUCUAUUCUAUCUACAAACGUUUUGGAAUAAAAAAUAUUUUUAUGUUCCAAAUUGUUAACCUAAAAUUUAAAUUUUACAUUGAUUUACAAUUUCACUUUCUGCCUUCGUAAUUUAAGUACAUUAGUAUAGUUAAUAAUAUAUGUAGGUUACUUACCACUAUAAAUAACAAUUGAAUCAGCGAUUUCUAUUCUUAUAAUAAGCUAUGUGAACGUCAAUUGUAUUUAUCCAACUGAGACGUCUUAGUUUUAAUAUUCUAUCAUGUAAAAAUAUACGUGGAAAAAAAGACAGACGGAGUCUUACUGUACGGCAAAAUGAAGCACUGUUUAUAUUCACGCCUCACGCACACACUUUCACGAAUUUAUGUGACAGUCGGCCGCCAUUACGUCAAAAUUUCGUCAUAGAUUAUCUCACGAAAUGGCAAGUUUUGACAUUCACACAUUCGUACAACGCCGCCAUUACGAUGCUUCACUUUGCUUUUAAGGCUCACUCCGUCCGCCUUUUUUUAUACGUCUAUGGUAUAAAAGGAUAACUUAAAAUUGGACUAACAACGUUAAGCAUUAUAUAAUUAAAUAAAAUACGUAAUAAUCUGUAGUGAUUAAAUUCAAUUUAAUAAUAACGUUUUAAAUAAUAUCCUUCAAUUAAAUUUGAAAUAAUAUAACAGUAUCUCGGUUUUGAUUAAGAAUAAUAUCAAAAUUCGUAUAUUGUACAACAUAAGCGCCAAAUUAUUUGUAACAAUUUGAUGUACUUAAAAGUACAAUUAAAGCAUUUAAUUAUCGCAUUUUAUAAUAAAUCAUAGUAGUGUAUACUCGCAUGAAGAGUUAGUUUUACUAAAAUAAUUAAUUGACUAUCUGUGUGAGAUCAGGAUUAGUUUCCUGUUUUUAAUACCAAUACUUUUAAUUAAAUUGGUAGAUAAUUAAGGUGUUUAAUUAAUAUUACACAAGUAACGCACUUUUUUUGGAAUUAAUUUGAUUAAUUUAGCAUGUGUAUGCAUAAUUAAGACGUACGGUGGUGUCAUAUCAAAUCAAAAAUUAAUGUUUCAUGUAUCAAUCAUAUUGGUUUUUAUAUGAUCAUCAUUUUAUAUUAUUUUUCAGUGCGCUUGCUUGUGUAAAAUUAUAAAAAUAGUGCCAUAACUUAAGAAUCUGUGUAUUGUAAAUAUUAUGACUGGGAUAAUGUCUGGUAUUUUUUUUCUGAUGGUAUGUAGACAUUGUACGGUUUCAGCCCAGUUAAUAAUUUUUAAGUAUUUACAUUUAUAAGUAACGUGUAACCGGCAACUUGGUAUUCAUUAAUACUAAGUCAUAUAAAUUGUAUGGGAUUUAGACUUGUAUGAACAUAAUUAUAUUCGCAUAUAUAUGUUUAACUUAUGUAAUAAUAAUCUAAUUACAUAUGUAAUAAUUCUGUGCAUUAUAAUGUUGUCGAGUUCUCGCUACCAUUUUUUAAUACUACGCGUUUUAAUAUUUUUCUUUUUUUAUGGGGUCUUUUAUCAUGUCGACAUGUCAUUCCCAUUGGCACGUUUGAAUUUUUUUUUAUAAAUGCAACAUUAGUGUUGUUUUAUUGAUUACCUUGAUUAAUUGAUUUAACGCAAGUUCUAACGCGCACAUACUAUUCAAUUUAAUUAGUGUCGAUGUUUGAUUUUAGCCGCCAUGGUUAAAUACAGUCUACAACACAUCGAUAGUAUAUUCGUGUAAAAAUAUAUAAACAAGUAUUUUUUUUUAGGGCUACAAAUAAAUCGCUCGUGGUACAAUAGUUUGUCAGUCAAAAUUAAUUCUAAUUUUUUUUUACUAAUGAAAUCAACGUCUGCAUAAUUUAAGGUUCCAUGCUUGAAUUCGACGACUUUAUAAACUAUAUAUUAUAUACAAGUAAACUUAUAAUAACUACGUAAUAUGUAAGUCUAUGUAUAACACACAUACCUAAUCUUUGGCCCAUAUGGCACUAAUGAUAUAUAAAUAAGUAUAAUUGUACCUACCAAUUUUUAGAAAACAAUGUGAAAAUUAUAAUUUUGCGAGUUAAUUUGUAGCGUUCAAAAAUAAUUGAUCAAGAUUAAAUUUGGAAUAAUUUUAACAGAUUAGUUUGAGUCAAAAUAUCUCGUGUUACUCAAAUUUACUUGGAAUUUUUAUAAUUUUAUUUUUUAACUACAGGAUUUUUUUUUAUUUUACAAUUAAUUGUAAAAGAACUUUUAUGUACUUUGUCAUGUUUUUGUCCCUAUGAUUAUAUACAUAUGUAAUAUUACAUUAAAUCAUAAAAAUAAUAAUGUAUGACUUAAUAAUCCGAUUUUUAUGUAAAUCAGGUUUUUUUUCAACAGUUUAACAAAAUAUAAUUCUUCGGAUAUAAUAUUUCGGAUUUUUUUAUUUUUUCAUACAAAUACUUUGUGUUUCGUUAUAUGUAUGGAGUUAAAUAAUUUCUGGUCUUAAAUUACAGAU